GUAGCUGCGAGAUAAGGGUGUGAAUUUACUAGCUGUGAAACCCACAUGGAAGUUAAAUAAGCUUUGCUGUGACACCUGUAGGAAGAGUUAUAUCCAUCACAUCGAGAGAAAAAACACCUCACGCGAAGAAAACGCCAGACUCCUGUGAAGCAUGAAGACGCACCUGUUGCUACCUGUGACUAUAAUGGUGUCUGUCGCUUUGGUGGGAGUCAUGAAAAUACGGGGAAAGGAGCGGGACAAAGUGGAGAGACGGAGCAGGUUUGAGGAUAUCAAGCUGCGGGUGACCCACGAUGUGUUGGAUGAGUAUGAGAGCGACGUGAAAGAAACACAGACGCUGCUCGCGAAAGCCGAGACGGACUUGAAAGCGCUGGAAGAAGAAGUGAACAGCCUCUGGGAUAAAGACAAUAAGAAGAGGGCAGAAGUGGAUUCCUGUCAGGCAGUCCAGAAAACUGUAAGAGAUGUGCUGGCAUCAGCAGAGACAGAAUUCAGUAAUCUCCAAGCUGAGUCCACUAAUGAGAAGAACGGCUGGAGUGCAGAACUGGCAACUCUGAAACAGCAACUAGCAACACGGAGCUCAGUAUGUGACUUUAUAAAACCAGGAGAAAAUCCUGAUAAAAAGUUGUGUGGUGAGGUGAUUGUUAAGGCCCCCAAACCAGUGGAGCCAAAGGCAGAGGAGCCAAAAGCAGAGGCCCCCAAACCAGAGGAGCCAAAGGCAGAGGAGCCAAAAGCAGAGCCCCCUAAACCAGAGGAGCCAAAGGCAGAGGAGCCAAAAGCAGAGCCCCCUAAACCAGAGGAGCCAAAGGCAGAGCCCCCUAAAGCAAAGAAGCCUAAAGCAGAGGCCCCUAAAGCAAAGGAGCCUAAAGCAGAUGCUCCUAAGCAGAGAUGA